GGGGGGAAAACAAGUGCGUGGAGCCAAGAAACAGGUCUGACCUCAGUUACUGGAACUAAGCAAGGUGCUGUUUUAAAGAGUCUCUAAAGUGAGGGUGUGAGUAUACAUUUUUGAGCCAAGACAACAUGAACACCACUGAACCAGGCUCCAACUUCACUUUUACGUCCAACACAGAAAAUGUCAUUCUGUCCAGCCUGACGACCACCACCACCAUCUCUCCCACCACCUCACAGCCUCCAUCCUAUUCCUCAGACAUCCACGACCCAGAAUUCACCAUCAUGGUGGUGCUGGGAUUAUCACUGCUGCUGGCAGGGGUAGCCGCCUUCCUGGCGGUGUGCCGGCCCUCGGAACAGGACGGGGACUCGGAGGCGAGCUGCGGCCCAGGAGAGAGUUUGACCCGUGGAAGAAGUCGGUCCACUGAGCCGCAGCUCAAGGUGUGGAAGAGGCUGGGAUCAUAUCGCCGUUCAUACAACAUUUCCUUCAGACGACCGCCCCAACGCAGGCCGCACGAGCGCGAGAGCUCACACACAGCCAGGUCUCCAGCCCGACAGACAACACAGCCAGAAGCCAGUGUGGAGCCCCAUCUCACUAUGCCUUGUCUAUUUGACUAUGUCACUGAAAUCUGAUUCGAGGGCCGGCUGAGGGCUGACUGACUAUCUUAUGGCUGGUGCUACGAACAUCACGAUACCAUGAUACCAGGUGUGGGUGAAGAGUACAGGAAGAUAAUGUUAAUUAUGUUUAUCUGUUUAAACAUUAUUUGAAUGCUAGGUGGAUGAGGUUUGCAACAAAACAAAAGUGCUUAACAUUUCUGAUCAUUUCAUCCUUUAUAGCAGAUAAUGUUUGUUGGCAUAGAUUUCUUUUUUUUCCUUCAGCACAGCUCUGCAGUAUGUGUAGAAAUGCAACCAGAGCCAAAAAGGAGACCACUCUGACUGAUUCUUUGUGUUUUAUGAUUUUUACGAUAUGAAAUAAAAUGACAUUUAAGUUUCA